CGGUGUCAAUGAGAACAAUUGUUCUCACGGAGCAGCUCGGCAUAGAACAGUUGACGGCCUCGUUUGGACUGGUGGCCUUUGUGCAGGGUAUGACCUUCAUGGUAGACCCACCCAUUGCAGGCCAGCUGUACGCCAUUGACGAGUCGUACACGUUGCCGUACAUGAUGGCAGGGGCGAUGUACCUGCUGUCGUGUAUCUGCAGCGUCGUCAUCUCGUGCAUCACACGACGUAAAAAAACUCCCCCCACCGACAUCAUCAUUUCGGUGGACAGCGUCGAAACAGAUGACGUCAAUUGUGAAAAGGUCUGAAAUGUUGAAGCGUCAUGGACCGUCUCGUGGGUGUAACCGUGUCAUGUGUCAUGUGUCAUGUGCCAUGAAUCUAACCCGUGUCAAGAAGAUUGCCUUGUUGUGGAUGUGACAGUCUCAUGAACGUAACCGUGUCAUGUGUCAUGUGUCAUGUGCCAUGAAUCUAACCCGUGUCAAGAAGAUUGCCUUGUUGUGGAUGUGACAGUCUCAUGAACGUAACCGUGUCAUGUGUCAUGUGCCAUGUGCCAUGAAUCUAACCCGUGUCAAGAAGAUUGCCUUGUUGUGGAUGUGACAGUCUCAUGAACGUAACCACUUCAUGAACUUGAAUGUGUGAUGGACGUAGCAGUUUCUUGGAUGUAACCAUGUAACGUGUCGUGCAAGUAACCGUGCCAUGGACGAACACGAACACUGCAUCAUGGACGUGACUGUGUGGUGGACGUCACUGCGUGAUGAACGUAACCGUGUGGUGGAAGUAGAAGUGUUAUGAACGUAACUUUUGUGGAUGUAACUGCGUCAUGAACGUAAUCUAGUGGUGACGUAAUUGCGUAAUGAACGUAACCGUAUGCUGCAUGUCACUGCGUCAUGAAUGUAACUGUGUGAUGGAUGUAACUGCGUCGUGAACGUAACCGUGUGAUGGACGCAACUGCGUCAUGAACGUAACCAUGUGGUGUACGUCACUGCGUCAUGAACGUAACCGUGUGGUGGACGUCACUGCGUCAUAAACGUAACCAUGUGAUGGACGUCACUGCGUCAUGAACGUAAUCAUGUGGUGGAUGUCACUGCGUCAUGAACGUAACCGUGUGAUGGACGCAACUGCGUCAUGAACGUAGCCAUGUGGUGGACGUCACUGCGUCAUGAAUGUAACCGUGUGGACAAAACUACAUCAUGAACGUAACCGUGUGGUGGACGCAACUGCGUCAUGAACGAAAAACUAUGGUAGACGUAACUGGGUCAUGAACGUAAAACUAUGGUGGUCGUAACUGCGGAUAGGGGAUGGGGUUAACUGGAGAGAGAGAGAGAGAGAGAGAGAGAGAGAGAGAGAGAGAGAGAGAG